AUGGAGAGUAACACUAGUUCUACUCUAACACCCAUUUUUUCAUUUUUAUUAGUAGUGAUUUUGCACUGUGCAAACGCAGCUAGCAGGUCAAUCAAUUAUAGUCAAACUCUGCUGGAUCAACUUGAUUUGAAGUUGAAGCUUCUCAAUAAGCCUCCACUUAAGACUAUCAAGAGUAGUGAUGGAGAUAUUAUAGACUGUAUUGACAUAUAUAAACAGCCUGCUUUUGAUCAUCCAGCUUUGAAGAACCACACUAUUCAGAUGAAACCCAGCGAUUUUGAGGCACAAACGACUGAAAACGACACCUCAAAGGCUGUCGUUUUUUCACAAACAUGGCAGAGAAACGGAGGUUUCUGCCCAGAAGGAACCAUUCCGGUGGCUUUGCUAGUGACUUUGGGGUACAAUUACAUAGGAGCUCAAGGAAGUAUAAAUGUAUGGAACCCAAGAGUUUUGGCAGAUGAAUACUCAACUGGCCAAAUCUGGCUUAAGGCUGGCCUUGCAGACACCUUUGAGAGCAUCGAGUCAGGCUGGGUCGUAAACCCAAAGUUGUAUGGUGAUACACUCACAAGACUUUUUGCAUAUUGGACAACGGAUGGGUACACAUCAAAAGGUUGCUUUGACCUGACUUGCUCAGGUUUUGUUCAAACCAAUCCAAACGUAGUCUUGGGUGGAACCCUUGAACCUUGGUCAACCCAAUCUGGACCCCAAUACGAACUCCCAGUUACCAUUACACUGGAUCCAAAGGCAGGGAAUUGGUGGCUUAAACUUGGACAAAACGUGCCGGUAGGGUACUGGCCGGGCAGUCUGUUCGGGUACUUGCAACACAGCGCGGUGAUGGUGCAGUGGGGCGGGGAAGUGUUCAGCCCAAAUGUGAGGCAAAAGCCUCACACAACGACGGCCAUGGGGAGCGGGGAGUUCGCCCGGCUGCUCCAUGGGUCGGCGAGCUAUGUGAAAGGGGUGAGGAUUAUGGACUAUUCUUUGUCGUUGAAGUACCCUAGUUGGGUGGGCACUUGGGCGGAUGAGGACUAUUGCUACUCGGCCUACAAUGAGGUUAAGUAUGGGGUUGAGCCCACCUUUUAUUUUGGUGGCCCUGGUCGAAAUACACUUUGCCCUUAG